UGUGCGGUAAAGUUGCGCGUUGCUCGGUCAGAUAGCAGAUAGCAGAUAGUAGUAAGCAGGAGAAAGAAAGACACAGUCAUCGUCAGAGUCUGAAUCCGUCAGCAUCUUAGAGGACCACCAUACACUCACGACAACUACUACGAGUAUACAAUCUGCAGUCCGAGGCUGUUAAGGUCCAGACUUGACAAAUUGAUUUGCGUCACAAAUAAAUCAACAGCCUUUCAUAUCCAACAUGAGAGAAAUUGUGCACUUGCAGGCCGGACAGUGCGGCAACCAAAUUGGGGCUAAGUUUUGGGAGAUCAUCUCGGAAGAGCAUGGCAUUGACAGCAAUGGUAUUUAUGUGGGCGACAGCGAUCUGCAGCUAGAACGUGUCAGUGUCUACUAUAAUGAAGCAUCUGCUGUGACGCGCUCGUCAGGAGGCAAAUAUGUGCCGCGCGCCAUUCUCUUGGACUUGGAGCCAGGCACUAUGGAAUCGGUGCGGUCUGGUCCCUAUGGACAGCUCUUCCGACCAGACAACUUUGUGUUUGGACAGUCGGGGGCUGGCAACAACUGGGCCAAGGGUCAUUACACGGAGGGUGCAGAACUGGUGGACAAUGUGCUCGAUGUGGUGCGCAAGGAGUGCGAGAACUGCGAUUGCCUGCAGGGCUUUCAACUGACGCACUCGCUGGGUGGCGGCACCGGCUCUGGCAUGGGCACACUGCUCAUCUCCAAGAUACGCGAGGAGUAUCCGGAUCGCAUCAUGAACACCUACUCGGUAGUGCCAUCGCCCAAGGUGUCCGACACUGUGGUGGAGCCAUAUAACGCCACGCUCUCUAUACACCAGCUGGUGGAGAACACAGAUGAGACGUACUGCAUCGACAACGAAGCCCUGUAUGACAUCUGUUUCCGUACGCUGAAGGUGGCUAAUCCUAGCUACGGGGAUCUCAACCAUCUCGUCUCCCUCACCAUGUCUGGAGUGACGACGUGCCUGCGUUUUCCCGGUCAGCUGAACGCGGAUCUCCGCAAACUGGCCGUGAACAUGGUACCAUUCCCGCGUCUGCACUUCUUCAUGCCCGGCUUUGCGCCGCUCACGUCCCGCGGCUCGCAGCAGUACCGCGCCCUCACCGUCCCGGAACUAACGCAACAGAUGUUCGAUGCCAAGAACAUGAUGGCCGCUUGCGACCCGCGCCACGGUCGCUACUUAACAGUCGCAGCAGUGUUUAGAGGUCGCAUGUCCAUGAAGGAGGUGGACGAGCAAAUGCUGGCUGUGCAGAACAAGAACAGCUCCUAUUUCGUGGAGUGGAUACCUAACAAUGUGAAGACGGCAGUCUGCGAUAUACCGCCGAAGGGCCUGAAGAUGUCAUCGACGUUCAUUGGCAACACCACCGCUAUACAGGAGCUUUUCAAACGCAUCUCCGAACAGUUCUCAGCCAUGUUCAGGCGCAAGGCUUUUCUGCAUUGGUACACAGGCGAGGGCAUGGACGAGAUGGAGUUCACCGAGGCGGAGAGCAACAUGAACGAUCUGGUCUCGGAGUACCAACAGUAUCAGGAGGCUACGGCUGACGAUGAGUUCGAGCAGGACGUCAACCAGGAGGAGAACGAGCCCGAUUGUAUUUAAUGGUGUGGCCAGAGGAAUGAGGUGCGUGCGUGAGCGUCUGGCCUUUGGUGGACAGCACAUGUUCCUGAGGGGCAUGCGACAGCAGCUGUGCGCCAAUCAUUGCUGCAUUCUAUAGCGCUCGUAAAAUAACACACACACACACACACAAUUACAUAUAUACAAGGACCACUGCACACACUCACAUUGUCUGCCGUGGCAGACAGACAACAGGAAACGUCAAGCGUAGUUUUACACUUUAAGCAACAACAACAACAACUACAACCGGAAAUGUUCCAAAGCUCUCACAUCAUUUCAUUUCAUUUAAUUUCAUUUCAUUGCUUAGCUUUCACUUUCACUUUCGCUUUUACAUCCAAUCAUACUCUCUCAUGCAUCCUCAUUUAACAUCACCUCUCUCUCUCUCUCUACAUCUCUUUGUCCCCUCCAUCUACGCUACACUUACACUUGAAGGCACGUCUAUCGCAUUUCUCACAGCCAUUUUUCAUGCACUUUUCACAUAUUUUUCGACUAAUCAAUCACACUCUCCUAAUGUCAAAUAUCUCUAAUUUAAGUCCCACAUUUUUGUGAAACAUUUUUUAUAAAAACAUACUCGUAAUACUUAUUUAUAUUCGAAAUAAAAUUCAGCACAAUUCUAGAAGCAUCCUCAAAUUUUGCCCUAAAGACUGACUGACAGGCGAAACAGCAGCCAUGAAAACUAUCCAUUAAUUGUGGCAAUAAUAUGAGCGCAUCCAAAGAAUUUCCACCUAUCGCUUACAAAUCUUACGACCCUCACAUGUAAUUCAAAUGUUUUUAAUAUCAGUGCAUUUUAAUUACUGAAGCACACAAUUUUUUAACCAUGCGCAUAAUUUUCUAGUAGCUGUUAAAGUACCCAUAAAACAACUAA